UCACAGCACAACCACCACCGUCGUUGCAACUUCUUCUACUACUACAACCGGAUCUUUCAACAUAAGGACUCCCUUGAUAAUCAGAGUGAGUCUUGAGGGACACCUCCGACUAUAGUCAAGAUGGCUUCCGACGAGAUAAUAUGGAACAUCAUCAACCAGCAGUUCUGCUCGUUCAAGUUAUCGACAACUAAAAACCAGAACUUUUGUCGAAAUGAGUACAACAUAACGGGCUUUUGCAAUAGGCAAUCAUGCCCUCUAGCCAACUCUCGUUAUGCCACAGUGCGGUCGCACCCAACCAAAGACACGCUCUAUCUCUACAUCAAGACCAUAGAAAGGGCACAUAUGCCGAGUAAAUUAUGGGAGCGUAUCAAGCUCUCAAACAACUACGCCAAGGCUCUUGAGCAAAUCGAUGAGAAAUUGCAGUUCUUUCCAAAGUUCCAGAGGCACAAGGCCAAGCAGCGUCUUACCCGACUCACACAAGUGCAGAUCCGGAUGCGGAGGAUAGCAGCCGAAGACGAACGACUCGGCGAGAAGCUCGUCCCGAAGCUAGCGCCCAAGGUCAGACACCGAGAGGCGGCUCGUGAGCGCAAGGCCGAGAGGGCAGCCAAGAUCGAGCGGACGAUCGAGCGCGAGCUCAUCGAGCGUUUGCGCCAGGGUGCAUACGGUGAUCAGCCACUUAACGUCAGCGAGGCCAUCUGGGGCAAGGUUCUCAAGGCUAUGGAGCGUGACGGCGAUGGAGUUCGCGACAAGGACAGGGACAAGGGCAUUGAGGUCGAUGAGGACGGAAACCCAAUUGAUGAAGAGGAAUAUGAUUCGGAGGAAGAGGAGGAGGAAGAGGAGUUGGAUGGCAACGUCGAAUAUGUCAGCGACAUUGAAGAGAGUGAGGAUGAGCUCGGUGAUAUUGAGGACUGGCUUGGCAGUGACGACGGCUCCGAGGAAGAGGAGGACGACGACGAUGAGGACAGUGACGACGAGGAGACCACCAAGUCGAAGAACAAAUCCGGCGACAAACGCAAGCGUGGAAGGGUUGUGCGCAUGGCAAAGAGAAAGAAGGUUGAGCUCGAGAAGGAGACGGAGGGACAAAGCAAAGAAAAGUUGCUCGCUUUCUAGAUCAGGCCAGUCAGUGUCGGGGGGGAAAUUGAGUGGCAUGAGGGAAUUCAGCAUCGGGAUUCUGGGUUGUGUUGGUACAAACAAUUGCAGUGUAUUGCUAAUAAGGGAACAUUACUGUCGUCAAUGCUAAAGAUACCCAGGA